CCUAUGCGCGCUCCUGGUCGACAAACAGAAGACGGAGAGAGUUGGGGAAAAAUAAGCGCAAACAUUUAGCAAUCUGUCUGUAAAUUAUUACAUAUUAGAGCAUUAACUGAAGAAUGUCUGAAGAAAAGCCAAAGGAAGGAGUGAAGACUGAAAACGACCACAUCAACCUUAAGGUUGCAGGUCAAGAUGGGUCCGUAGUCCAGUUCAAAAUUAAAAGGCACACUCCGCUCAGCAAGCUGAUGAAGGCGUACUGUGAAAGACAAGGUUUGUCAAUUAGACAGAUACGGUUUAGGUUUGACGGACAGCCAAUCAACGAGACCGACACGCCUGCACAGCUUGAGAUGGAAGACGAGGAUACUAUUGAUGUAUUUCAACAACAGACUGGAGGAGGCUCCUCCCUCUCUGAGGCUUCUCUUAAAGGUGUAUGGACCCUCUGAGGCUCCUCCCUCUCUGAGGCUUCUCUUAAAGGUGUAUGGACCCUCUGAGGCUCCUCCCUCUCUGAGGCUUCUCUUAAAGGUGUAUGGACCCUCUGAGGCUCCUCCCUCUCUGAGGCUUCUCUUAAAGGUGUAUGGACCCUCUGAGGCGCCUCUCCCUCUGAGGACAGAAACACAGUUGAUGAGCAGCAACUUUUUUUAUUAAAUAAUGGUCCCACUUUUUUUUUGUGUGAUUGAUCUGCUCGUAGCCAUGGUCUUAUUCUUUUCAAGCUGGAUUUCAUGCCACCAAUCCACAAAUGUCUUGUUUAUAUUCAUAUUGAGGAUGGACUUUAAACUGCUUGUUUUGGAGAAUAUGUGUUUGUUUCACACAGGAGACAAUGGGGAUGUGAGGGGGGGGUUCAACUCAUUCAGGCUUUGUCCCAAAUGGCACCCUAUUCCUCUUAUAGUGCUCUACACUAAACAAAGUAGUGCACUAUAGGGUGCCAUUUGGGACACAUAUUAAAUCUACCAUAUGUUGAGGGACUUAGUGUUGAAGAGGUCUCAUAAUAUGCAAAAUAUUUUUUUUUUUUGUCUGUUGUUUUUAAGUACAUUUUGCAAAAUAUGCAGUCCAAGUGAUCAAUUGUAAUUUUAAACGUGUACAGUGUGAAGGAAUAUUGGUGAAUGGGGUGCUGUACUGCUGGUGCCAUUAGAUUGAAUUGCUUUGUGUCUCUGGAACAAAGGCUUUACUAAAAGUGAACAGAAACGUCUACGAUGGAAAAGAGUUUCAGGUCUGUUUUCAACAUCGCUUGAAAGAAUGCAACUUACCUUUCACAUGUCUGUUUGGUUUCUACCCCCCUCACCCCUUCCACAUAUAUUUAAUGGAAGUAGUUGAGCUCCUGGUUUUAGCCCAUCCCUCAAUCAAUAUUUUGUGACAAAAUAAAAGGGAAUCCACCAUGACUUCAACAACCUUUGACCUUUUUUGUUUCUAAUCAGACUUGAUGACUCUUCCCACCUGCCUUCAGACUGUUGUGGUGGACUUGAGUAGGCAGCACGGGUCCACUAGUCCUUAUGUUGCUCUAAUGAUGUGUACAUUGUCUUUUACUACUGUAUGCAAUAAAUAUAGUUUGGUACUCA